AUGACCCGGGCUACCUUAGCGGUUUUCUUGGUAAAUCCAAAUCGCUCCGGUUCCUUUCUUGUCCGCAAAGAUCGUCUAGGGGCAGGAGGAGUAACAGGACGUUGUAUAACUUGUUGUGGUUGCGAUUCGACAGGUGAGGAUAAAGGCGCAGGCACUGGCUGUCCGUCUGGUGAUUUUGGAGGAGACUGGACAACCGGCGAAUUCAAGAUGGUUGGGACAUUGGUGAUCCAAUUGGGGACAAAUCAAUUGGAGAAGCCGAAGAGUGCGACGAUGGCGGCGAAAAGGAUCGGUACUCUUGGUGACCCAACUCAGACGGAAGUCUCUGAACUUCUGGCUGGUUGGGAGAAGAUUGAAUCGGUGAUUGAUUCAAAGGUGUUGACAUCAUUGGGUGAUUCGAGUCGACACGAGGUGCAUGGAUCGACCCAGAGAGAGGAAUGA